AUGACCAACCAACAGGUGAUGGGCCUCAACGGAGAAACGUCUGACAAGGCAUUGCUGGACACCUUUGACUGCAGUCAUCCCAUACCUCCCGAUUCUACAAAGUACUUUGAGUAUCUCCAGAGCCGAGGGGUGACUCACUUCAAGGUACCGCUGUCAUGGGCUCAGCUCCUUCCUUCAGGCCUCCCCAGCCAGCCCCAGCAGGCUGUGGUGAACUGCUACCAGACCCUGAUGAAGCAGCUGCACCAGGUGGGACUUGAGCCUCUGGUCAUCCUUCAUGGAUCCACUGUACCAGACUCUCUGAGAUCAAGACAAUUAUACCACUAUGGCACAUUCCCACAAGACUUCAGCUGGGGAAUUUCAUCUUCAGCUUACCAGAUUGAAGGAGGCUGGAAUGCUGAUGGAAAGGGGCCCAGUGUCUGGGAUGAAUUCACUCACACACCCGGCAAUAUUCCUGCUGAUCCAAAUGGAGAUGUAGCCUGUGACAGUUACAACAGACUUGAUGAAGACCUCUACAUGCUGAGAGCUCUGAGGGUGAAGUCAUACAGAUUCUCUUUGUCCUGGUCCAGGAUCUUUCCUGAUGGUACUCGUUCAUCCCUGAACCAGAAAGGUGUUGACUAUUACAAUAGACUCAUUAACGGCCUGUUGGCAAAUAAAAUCACUCCCAUGGUGACAAUUUACCAUUGGGACCUCCCUCAAGCUUUGCAAGACCUUGGUGGCUGGGAGAAUGUCGACAUGAUUGACAUUUUCAAUGACUAUUGUGACUUCUGCUUUGACACCUUUGGUGACAGAGUGAAAUUCUGGCUGACCAUCAACCAGCCUCAUUCAAUUGCAUGGCUAGGAUAUGGUCUUGGAACGAUCCCACCAAAGAUUAAGAAUCCAGGAACUGCACCAUACAUAGUUGCACACAACUUGAUCAAAGCUCAUGCCAAGGCUUACCAUACAUAUGAUGACAAGUAUCGCUCAGUCCAAGGAGGUCUAGUAUCCAUUGCCCUCAGUGCAGACUGGAUUGAACCGAAAGAUGCCAAUGUUCUUCGUGAAGUGAGGGCUGCUGACCGCGCACUGCAGUUUCAACUGGGUUGGUUUGCACAUCCCAUUUUCAAGAAUGGUGACUAUCCUGAUGCGAUGAAGUGGCAAGUUGCAAACAAAAGUGAUCUCCAAGAUCUUUCAGAGUCAAGACUACCAUCCUUCACUGAAGAGGAAAAAAACAACAUCAGUGGAACUGCUGACAUGUUCUGUAUAAAUCAUUACACUACAAAGAUAUCAAGUCAUGUUACAGGUCAAGCUGUGGCAUGGGGCUUGAGAAGACUCCUCAACUGGAUCAAGGAGGAGUAUGGAGAUCCACAGAUUUAUGUUACUGAGAAUGGAUGGCAGAAAGAACAUCACACAGCUAUGGCACAGUGA